AUGGGCUCCGGUUCCUCCUCCUCCCCCGCCGAAUCUGAAGGAAGGCAGGCGGCAAAGCGAGCAGCCCGCCUUACCCGGAUCUCCUCAAGCAGCUGCAGCCUCUGCUCCAAAGUGAGCAUGAUGCACAAGGAGAAUUUGCCAGAGGAGCCAAAGCAGCACCAUCCUGCUCAAGCCGCAGUCUCAUCCGCUGCUUCCAGAGGGAGGAGCCAAGCUGCUUAUGCUUCUAAGGAGAGGAGCACUCCUGAAGGUGUCAACAUGGACGAACAUGGAUUUAUGUUUCGGUUCAAUUUCCCUCGACCCAAAUAUGAGUACGGCACCCUGGAUUUCGGUGAGGACGAUGAAGAUGAGUGUUUACCGAGGCAGAGAAAACCUCCGGAGGUAAGGAAUGCACUCCGUGAGAAGAGAGUCGCGUUUCGGCAAAAGACCGCGCGCCUCCAUGCCAAGGUAGCUCUGCGUAAAUACAACAGAGCAAACAGCACCAAGUUUGAGCUGGUGGAGGUACGAGUGAUCCGUCAAUUUUGGGAGUUUGGAGGGGGCUGCAUCCAUUACAACUUCACCGCUAAGCCACAGGAUCAGCAUUCUGCUGAUGACGACAGCACCAAGCUCUUCUUCUCUGAAAUAGACUCCCCUUUCCAUGGCGAGAAUGAUGUGCUCCUGUGCUGCAUUGUUGGGGAAAAUGAUAAUGGGCAUUGUCACGGCUGCGAAGGCUUCAAGCCAACCGUUGUUCACCCUAGUAGCCAAGCAUAUGGCGGCGGUUGUAGUACGUGCAUUGAUUUUGCUGGUUCAGACGGCAGCUCAGAGAGUGAUUAAAUACUCAAAAUCUUGCAGUGGCUGAACUCGG